AUGAAUUCUGAAGAUUCGACUUUCUACAACGUGGUGUGUACUCUGGCCCAGCUGGAGAUUGCGAGGAAGCCCAAAGUUCGAGGGGCACGUACAGCGGCAUUGACUGAGGCACAAGCCCUGACCAACCUCAGCGACGAUAUUAAGUCAAUGGUUAAGGGAUCUCUCUCGCAGAAGGAGAAGUUGGAAGCCGUGCCAGACCUCGAUGCUGUUCAAGUCGAAGCCUUGAGAGCAUUACAUACGGUUAUGCAGAAAGGCAAAAGCACAGAAGCAGAGUUGAAAUGUGCAGUUGAGGCAGCAAUCAAGGCCCUCAACCCAGAUUACGAAGGCGAAGAACAAGAAGAAGAAAACAACGAGGAAUUAGAUGAGGCGGUUGCCACCACAGACAGAUUGCUUCGCAGAAGCCAAAGAGUCGCGGAGCAACAAAAGAAGGCUAUCAAGGAGUACGGUCCUGAGGAAGAGGCUGAGUAUGAGGGCAUAUUCAAGGGCGAGGACGAGGAAGACGUGGAUGAGGACGAGGAAGACGCGGAUGAGGACGAGGAAGACGUGGAUGAGGACGAGGAAGACGCGGAUGAGGACGAGGACGUCGUGGGAUACGCACAAGGAAACGGAGGGAAUGCUUGA